CCCACCUCCCAAGCAGCUGCAGCGCCAUGCAUGUGAACGGCAAAGUGGCGCUGGUUACCGGCGCCGCCCAAGGCAUAGGCCGAGCCUUUGCUGAGGAGCUGCUGCACAAAGGUGCCAAGGUAGCACUGGUGGAUUGGAAUCUUGAAGCAGGUGUAAACUGUAAAGCUGCUUUGGAUGAGCAGUUUGAACCUCAGAAAACUCUAUUCAUUCAGUGUGAUGUGGCUGACCAAGAACAACUGAGAGAUACUUUUAGAAAAGUUGUAGAUCACUUUGGAAGAUUGGACAUUUUGGUCAAUAAUGCUGGAGUAAAUAAUGAGAAAAACUGGGAAAAAACUCUGCAGAUUAAUCUGGUUUCUGUUAUCAGUGGAACCUAUCUUGGCUUGGAUUACAUGAGCAAGCAAAAUGGGGGUGAAGGUGGUAUCAUCAUCAAUAUGUCAUCUUUAGCAGGGCUCAUGCCUGUUGCACAACAGCCUGUUUAUUGUGCUUCAAAGCAUGGCAUCAUUGGAUUCACACGCUCAGCUGCGAUGGCUGCUAAUCUCAUGAACAGUGGUGUGAGAAUGAAUGCCAUCUGCCCGGGCUUUGUUAAUACACCUAUCCUCAAAUCCAUUGAAAAAGAAGAAAAUAUGGGACAAUAUAUAGAAUACACAGAUCACAUCAAGGAUAUGAUGAAAAACUAUGGAAUUUUGGACCCUUCAAUGAUUGCCAAUGGAUUAAUAACCCUUAUUGAAGAUGAUGCUUUGAAUGGUGCUAUAAUGAAGAUAACAAUGUCUAAGGGAAUUCAUUUUCAAGACUAUUAUGAUACAACUCCACAUCAUGUGAAAACUCAGUGAACAUCUUAUAUAUAUUGGAUGCAUCUGAAAAUUAAGUACAGAAGACUAAUGUGCAGUUCAUACCUUCAUUGGAACAUAGCACUUUUAAAAUAAAAUAUUCUUGUUGAGGUUUU